AGAAACCACCACUUUAAGUCCAACCCAAAAGAUAAUCACGCACAAUAUUCCUUGAAGGCGUUCUCUUUCUCUCUCUAGAUCUCGAGUUAUAAUUCCUCCCUAUACAUAUAUAUUCACAAAUUUUUCUCUCUAGUUUCUGCCUCCGAUCGAUCCACAUAUAUCAUGGAACUAGCUAGCUAGUUGUAGCUACUCUAUCGAUUGAUAAUUUAUUGAUGGCUGAUGAUCAUAACAUUGAUUCCCAGGUGCAAGAUGAAGAAGAAGAAGCACUCUCUCUCAGCGAUCUUCCAAUAACCACCGAUGAUGAACGUCCAGCUGCUGCUGAUGAUGAAGAAGAAGACAUGAACCCCAAGACUACAACUACUACUACGUUCCACACUGGUAGUAGUAUUAGUAGUAAUUGCGGAUCAUCAUCCUCCUCCUCCGAACCAACCACCAACGACUUGUUCGAGUUCUUCAGCGGUCUCACUACUUCCGAGAUGUCUCAUGCAGAAGACAUUAUCUACCGUGGAAAGCUCAAACCCUUCAUUAAUACUAAUACUAAUAUUGAUCAUCAUGAUCAUCAACAACAAUAUUAUUCUCUCUCCAGCCAAACCACCCAUAUAUAUUCCCACAAUGAUAAUAAUAAAAAUAAUAUUAUUAUUAAACCUUCUAUUAAUAAUAGAGACGAAGUAGUAGAAGAUGACAAACUACAAAAAAGCUUUCAUCGCCGGCGAUCGGGCUCCAUGUCCGACUUAAACAUCAUGAGUACCUCUCGAUCUAACAGCACCAAGAGCACUACUCGUCCACAUCCACUCAUGCGCAACAGUCGCUCUUUGGAUUACCGAAAACUACGUACAACUUCAACCUCCAACUCUGAAACUUUGACGUCGUCACAUAUUCAGCGGAACUCUUCAGCCAAGAAUUGUGGUGGAAAGUCCUCCGAAGCCACCGCCCAAAAGCUGUCCAGGCCUCGGUGGCAUAUUCUCAUGUUCGGGCUUGUAAAGUUUCCGCCGGAAAUGGAUCUCAAGGAUAUGAAGAACCGUCAGUUCCGGCGCAAUCAUCCAGCAGCUAUGUUUCCGUCCUUUGAGGACACCGGCAGUGGCCAGAAAGCGCCGAUGAACCGAAUUACUACAGAUCAUCGUCAGCGGAAGAGCUCUUGGGGACUUCUUAAGGUGUUGAGCUGCAAAGGCAAUGCAAGUGUUGCAGUUACGGCGUCGUUUGGUUGCAUGCAGCCACUGCCGCCUCCUCCUCCUCCUGCAGGCGGUGUGACUAUGAAGGAAUGAAUAUUUAUUAAUUAAUUAUUACGGCUCGGCUCUCUCAAGUCUCAGUGAUGAGUUAAUCAAGACUUUACGUAGCAGCGAAGGAAGAUAAUGUGGUGUGGCGAAACAUGGUUGAUGAUGAUGUCGUAGCUGUAAUGAUAGGAGUAUAUCCAUCUUAAUCUCAAUGUGUGAGUGAAAUGAAAAGUACUUUUUGUCCAUUGGGGACAACGAAAAUAGAAUGAAGAUCACGAGUACUGGAAUGGAGUCGAGUGGUCCCAACCAACAAUUAAUAUAUAUAUAUACAUAUUUAUAAAUACACACACAUAUUUGUAAUAUUCGGCUGAGAAUAUCAUCCAUCUCGAUCCGUAUUAGUAAUUGGUUUUUCUAUAUAGUAUUUAUUUGUUUCAUUUGGUUGA